AUGGACAUCAAGGCAACGGAGACGAAGACGGCGGUGGGGUGGGAGUGGAAGGCUCCCGCAUCGAUGGUGUUGGUGCAGCUGUUCAUCACGGGGAUGAUCCUGCUGUCCAAGGUGUCCAUCGGUGGUGGCAUGUUCAUCUUCGCCCUCCUCGCCUACCGCAGUCUUUUCGGCACCGCCUUCAUUCUCCCAUUGGCGCUCAUCUUUGAAAGGGGCAAGUGGAGGGAGAUGGGUUGGCACGCUACGGGAUGGAUCUUCCUCAACGCCUUCAUCGGGUAUGCGGUGCCAAUGAGCCUAUACUACUAUGGUCUCAGUGAUACAACGCCAACUUAUGCUGUCAUCUUUCUGAACAUAAUUCCGCUGGUCACAUUCAUUCUCUCGCUUGUCUUCAGAAUGGAGACAUUGCAAAUCUGGAGCAUAGCUGGAUCAAUGAAGAUUGUAGCCGUUGUGCUCUCGGUUGGAGGCACAAUGCUCAUCAGCCUUUACAAGGGCAAGACACUGCAUCUCUGGGAUCCCAUUCUGAAGCACCACCACGAGGGACAACAAACCACAGAGGUUGCAGGCAAUCAUCUAAGAGGGACAAUAUUCUUGGUAGGCAGCAGCAUCACACUUGCUUGCUGGUACCUGAUUCAGUCAAAGGUUAUGAAGGUGUAUCCAUACAAAUACUGGUCGUCUAUGGUGACAUGCUUUGUUGGAGGAUUUCAAACCGCGCUAGUUGGAAUAAUAUUGAGUAGAGACAAGAACACGUGGAAGCUAGGAUGGGAUCUGAACCUUAUGACCAUCUUCUACUCAGGGGCACUUGCAACGGCGGGGAAAUAUAGCCUGAACUCAUGGGUCGUGGCCAAGCAAGGUCCAGCAUAUCCUCCAAUGUUUAGCCCAUUGUCAGUGGUACUCACAGUUUUGUUGGACUCAAUCUUCAUAGGCGAUGAGAUUACAGUAGGAAGCCUGUUCGGCACAAUAGUGGUAAUUGUUGGGCUCUACAUUUUCCUAUCGGCAAAAUCAAAAGAGGAGCGGGACAAGUAG